CGUGGGUCCUUUAACUAAUAAAUCGAGUCUUCCGUAACACCACCAAAAGUUGUUCACUUGUUGUUGAAAAGCGUUUCGGUUGUUCGUUUUCUACAUACACUCGUAUGCCUUCCUAUGCGUAUACCGAAUACUCAUAUACCGAUGGAUGAUAAACAAACGAUUGGAAAAAUGAGUAAAAAGCGGAAAGCUUCAUUUAAUUAUGCAGCGGCCAAGUUGUGCAAAGCCCGAGUGAUGUCAGUUGGCAACGAAACGGUGAAUUACAUCACAUUAUUCUUGAUGGUGGUUCUUGUCAUCAUUACGACAACCAGUACAGAUGCUUCCAACUACUUUGACACUCAAGGGCCUAAUUUCUCGCAUGAGCCACCAUCGCGCAUUGAAUUCACCAACAACGCCGGCAACAUUGCCGAUUGUAUAGCACAUGGCAAUCCGCCGCCGAAUGUCGAAUGGCUGGAUAAGGAUAAUAAUCCCAUCACGUCAAUAUCAAAGGUCCGUCACAUACUCGCCAAUGGUUCGCUGUAUUUCCCUCCAUUCGAGGCGGAAGAGUUCAGGCAAGAUGUGCAUUGGUCGGUGUAUCAUUGUGUGGCGACUAAUGCAGUGGGCACAAUCGUUUCCCGGGAUGUUGUGGUGAAAGCAGUUGUAAAUCAACGCUAUGAGCCGGAAGUGCAAAAUCCAGGUGGCUUUAUUGGCAGCAACGUAUUGAUUAAAUGCAAUAUACCUUCGUUUGUAAAGGAGUAUGUAACGGUAACGUCAUGGCUACAGGAACCUAAUUUCAAUAUAUACCCAUCCUUGGAGGGAGAUGGCAAAAAUCAUAUGCUACCGACUGGCGAACUUCUGGUCUACAACAUCACACGCACCGAUGCGCAUAAAGUUUAUCGCUGCCGCACCCAUCACAAGCUAACGCAGGAUUCUGUUGUGAGCAGCAAUAUGGGCAAAAUUCAAUUGACUGAAAUGCGCGAACUCGUGCCACCAAUUAUGAAUGAGAAAUCUACAAGCAUAGUGACCCGUCUAGGCGAUCCUGUUGUUGUGCCGUGUGUGGCUUAUGCCAACCCGAAGCCAGUAUAUCGCUGGCACACGAAACGCCCAAACAAUGAGGAAUCCAUACAACAUUUGUUGGCGACAGGACGCGCCAAAAUUAAGGAAGGCACUUUAAUUAUUACCGCAGUCGAUCGCGCCGAUAGUGGGGCUUUCUUCUGCACUGCUACCAAUUCGGAGGGUAGCGAAACUUUGGAAGUACAAAUUGCUGUUACAUCACCCCUUACUGCCAGCAUACAACCAACCAUACAGACAGUGAAUCUGGGCAAAACGGCAAACUUGAUUUGCAGUAUUUCGGGCUUUCCAAAGCAAAGCAUUAUCUGGCUGAAAGAUGGUCAACCACUGCGUUCAGGAGCGCGUGUGCGUCUGCUGUCUACGGAAAAUAUACGCAUUACCUCUAUCACAAAGGAGGACAAGGGCAUGUACCAGUGCAUCGUGAAAAAUGAUCUGGAAUCUGCUCAGGGUACUGCCGAACUACGACUUGGAGAAGUGGCACCACAACUAAUUUAUAAAUUCAUCGAACAAACCAUACAGCCUGGCCCGUCAGUCUCAUUAAAGUGCAGUGCUAGCGGGAAUCCAACACCAAAAAUCGUUUGGCACUUAGAUGGUUUUCCACUACCAAAUAACGAUCGACUCAUGAUUGGCCAAUAUGUCACAAUGUUCGGCGAUGUUAUAAGCCAUGUCAACAUUAGUGCGGUGAAGUCGGAGGAUGGCGGCGAAUAUGAGUGCAAGGCAAUUUCGCGCGCAGGUGAAACAUCGCAUUCGGCGCGUUUAAACAUAUACGGUAUGCCAUACGUGCGCUUGAUGCCGAAAUUAUCUGCAGUGGCGGGAAAGACAUUUUUUCUAAAAUGUCCCGUGGCAGGAUAUCCCAUUGACAGCAUCAUCAUAGAGAAAGAUGGCGUCAGAUUGCCAACCAAUAUAUGACAGCGUGUGCAGAACGGUACCCUUCUCAUCGAGAAUGUGCAACGUACCGCCGACCAGGGCACCUACACUUGCAUCGCCCGCAACAAGCACAACUACACGGCGCAACGUACGGUGGAGGUGAAAGUUUUGGUUCCACCCAAGAUUACACCAUUCUCAUUCGCACGCGAUCUGAAUGUCGGCGACCGCACGAGCAUACAAUGUGUCAUUGGCACCGGUGACCUACCGCUCACAUUUACCUGGCUGAAGGACGGACAGCCGCUGCAACAAAUGGCCGCAGCCAUCACAUCCUCCUCAGCAGCAGCCAACUUAGGGCAUAACCACCUAAUUGUUGGUGGUAAUGGUGGUGGUGGUGGUAGUAGUGGUGGUGGUGGUGGUGGCAGCGGCAGUAGUAGCGGGGUGAAUUAUGUAUUACGCGAUGGCGGCGGCGGUGUUAGCGGUGGGCAUCAUAGCGGUACCGGUGGCGUUGCUGCAUCAGGUCCAUCGGGUCAUACGUCCUACGACGAUAUGGCCUCAGCAUCAGCAGCUGCGGCAGCAUCAAUGUCAACGAAUGCGGAUGGUAGUAGCGGUGGUAUAGAUGGUGGCGCUGGCCAAGUGACAAUUCGCCAAAAUGAUGAUUUCACCAGCGCCCUCAGCAUCACAAGUGUGACGCGAGCACAGAGCGGCACCUAUACGUGCCGCGUCCAAAACGAUGCCGCCACUGUAUCGCACUCUGCACAGCUACGAGUCAAUGUUCCACCACGUUGGACACUAAAACCCACCGAUCAGGAUGCCAUACUCGGCAACCCUGUAGCGAUUACGUGUAAGGCUGAUGGAUUUCCUAUACCCACCGUGCAGUGGAAACAGUCGAUUGGUGAUUCGGGAGAAUAUCGUGAACUCAGCUAUGGCAUUGGCAACGGCAAUUCGCAAUCAGUAAUCGAAACUUACAACAACGGUUCACUGAUUAUUCCCAAAGUGGGGCGAGAGCAUGAGGGCAGUUAUCUGUGUCAAGCGAGUAACGGCAUUGGCGCUGGUUUGAGUACGCUUAUCAAACUAACUGUGCAUGUCGGUCCAUCUGUAACGGUUUCAAAGAAGCAGGUUUCCGUCCGUCGUGGUGAUCGUGUCACACUACGCUGCGAAGCUGAUGGCGAUCAACCGCUAAAUAUAACAUGGCGUGCCAAGGCUAACCAUAUCGAUCCGUCUUACGAUAUUCGCUAUCAUAUUAAAGAUUCACCUCUUAGCCGUGGCACAGUUUCGGAAAUGACAAUCCUUCAGACUAUCCUUAAUGAUCGUGGCGAAUAUACCUGCAUCGCUACCAACAAUUAUGGUCAUGAUCGCGCGGUAAUUCAUCUACAAGUUCAGGAACCACCAAAUUUCCCCGUUAAUCUGCAUGUCACUGAUUUGGGCAGCCGAUCGGUAACGCUGGCGUGGUCGCCUAAUGACCAGGAUUCGAUUUUUAUGAGCAAUGGCGGCAAUAAUAGGGACUCUCAGCCGAUAUCGAACUAUAUUUUGCAGUACAAAAAGGCUGGCGAUGUCUGGCAUGAGCACAAUAAUCAAAAAUUGCUGCCCGGCGAUAAGACAACUGCCCAAAUUGGUUCUCUACGCCCCGCGCAGGCCUAUCACUUCCGCCUCUAUGCCGAGAAUCAUUUGGGUACUAGUGCCCCGAGUGACAUAUUACUCGUCCAAACCGACGCUGAAGUGCCAAGUGGCCGGCCGCAGGACGUUUCUGCAGAACCACUAGGGCCUCAACAAUUACUCAUCACUUGGCGCCCACCAGAACGUGACACAUGGAAUGGCGAACUGUUGGGUUAUACGAUUGCUUACCAGAAGCAUGGCGCACCAGAUAGCGUACAAAAUUUCACUAAAGUCAGCAGUUUAGGUGGCGAAGGUCUCAACGAUUUCCGUCUUACAGCUUUGGAGAAGUACACCCAGUAUGCCAUAUCUGUGUCUGCUUUCAAUGUGAAAGGCGAUGGACCACCCAGUGAAGUUACUAUGGGCCAUACUUUGGAAGAUGUGCCAUCAGCGCCUCCCCAAGGCGUCACCUGUAUUGCACUCACGGCACAAAAUAUACAAAUUUCAUGGCAAUCACCGCCCAAAGAGUCCAAUCAUGGCAUUAUACAAGGUUAUAAGUUGCUCUACGAGCCCGGUAAUAUCGAAUCAGAGUAUGGCACGCGCGAAACAAAGAUCACAUCAGCGCUGAGCACUGUUUUGCAUGGUCUGCAACCUUUCACAAAUUACAGCGUUCAAGUAUUGGCAUUUACGCGUGCCGGUGAGGGUGUGCUCAGCCCUACCGUAUCUUGUACCACAGAAGAGGCGGUCCCAGAUGCACCCGAGCGCGUUAAGUCGGUCGUAAGUAGUGAGUCUUCCGUGAUCAUCAGCUGGUUGCCUCCACGACGCCCUAAUGGAAUUGUCACCAAAUAUAAUGUCUACAUACGUAUACUGGACAAAGGCCAGGAGUUGAAGAUACUCAAAGAGGUAUUGCCGGCAAACAAUCGUCACUUUGAAGCUAAAGAUUUGAUGGUGCGCGAGACUUAUGAAGCAUGGGUUACGGCCUCGACUCGUGUAGGACAAGGACCCAGCACGCCAGUCAUAAAAUUGGUGCCAAGCAACUCGGUACCAGCUGCCAUCAUUUCAUUUAGUCAAACAUUGAGCGUCAGUUGGCGUGUGGAUCUUAAGUUAGCUUGCGUUUUCGUUGGCAACCCCAAGCCCAAUGCCGAGUGGAAAGUGUUGAAUGCGCGUUCUAAAAAGCAUUUCCGCUUGGAGGUGAGCAAUGAUAAUACACUAACAUUGCGUAAUAUACAACGCUCGCACGAAGGAAACUAUUCGUGUGUGGUGCGAAAUUCGAUUGGUUCGGAUCACAUUGUCUAUCAGGUAUACGUACAAGUGCCACCAUCUGCUCCAGUCCUUUCCAUAAUCGGAAGCACCACUAACUCUGUAUCGCUGCAGUGGCGUGUGGAAGACAUAGGUGGCGCUCCACUGAGGGGUUUCACGAUGACUUACCGUAAGGAGUUUGGCGACUGGGAAGAGAUACAACUCGAUCGACGCGUUAAUUCCCAUUUGAUUGAAAGUUUGGACUGUGGCACACGAUACCAAUUCAAUAUGGUAACAUACAACAAAAUUGGAACCAGUGAAACAAGCGCAAUUGAAACUGCGAAAACAAAAGGAAAUAAACCAAUCGCACCACAUAAACAAAGCCUGAUACGCUCAAACAUAACAUCCUCAUUACUAGAGCUAUCCUCUUGGCAAGAUGGUGGCUGUCCGAUACAGUAUUUCAGCAUUGAGUUCAGGCGCUAUGGUAUUUCGAGUGAUUGGAUAAUCGUCUCUAGCCGAAUAGAGACACACACACGCUACAUAAUUGGUGAUUUGGAGCCGGGCACCGCUUACAACUUGCGCGUUGCUGCACAUAACAAUGCAGGCUCAACUAUUAAGGAGUACUACUUUGAAACCUUACACUUCAACGGCCUCUCUGCUGAAUUGGAUCAUAGCGAUUUACCCGAAGUGCGCACACUUUUCCGGGACGUACACCUGAUAGCGGUGAUAAUUACAUCCGUAUUUGGCACGAUCUUGGCUAUAAUUGGUGCUUGUAUUUGCUUCAAGAACUAUCCCCGCCAGCUAUUUGCACGGAACGUCGACUCGAUGCGGCCACAUGGCGCUGAUGGCAAGGAUAUACAACAUCGUGAACAAUACUACGGUACGGUACGCAAAUCAUGCCAGCAAUCACCACCUGAAUCGGUUGCUGGGCUUGAACGCAUACCUGAAUACUCUGAAGAUAUCUAUCCUUACGCUACAUUCCAUUUACCAGAACAUGAAAACCAAUCGGCUAACAUACCGCUCAGCCGCAAAGGAGGCCUACCAGCAAUGUACGACCCACGUGGUGGUGUCACCGAUGAUAAUACCCUCUCCAGCACAGGUGCCAAAGUGAAACGUUCCGUUUCGACGGGCAUUGGUAGCAGCAGCUCGAAUGCGAAUUUAGCCGGCGGACCAGGCGCAGCGUCGGGCGAGUGUAGUCAUACGAAUACUGAAAAGCGGCAAAGGCGACGCUCAAAAGCAAUCAAAUCUGAGUCGGAGGAGUACGACAGCUUGAAUAGCGAUAGUGAUUUGAGUGGUGAGCGGAUGCGCGAGAGAGAGCGCGAAGAAAGCCGCAGCGGACGAGAGUCCUCGUCGCACUUAGACGAUGGUGGCUUCAAUCCUCACGGCCACAGUCCUUGCGGUGGCGGCAAUGGAGGAGGCAAUAAGGAACGCCUUUCAGUAUUCAGUAGGCCUCAACUUCAUAGUAACAGCAUGGACCCCGUGCCCUUCGACUACCGGCUCUUUGACCCGCCAGCAAAACAACCGAAACCAACAAUUGCCUGUGGUGCACAGUCACAGUCGCAUCUCCACCACCAACGACAAACAUCAUCCACAUCAACAUCCACAUCCACAUCUACCCAAAAUUCAACCAACCAUACAAAUAUGCCCAGCGGUCUAUCCGGUGGCAAAAUACGAUCAAAAGCUGCCGAUACUAAUUCCAACAGCGGCAGCAACCUCCUCCUCUCCGGCGAGUUCCAAUGUUCAACUAACAGCGUCCCCGCCUCGCAUAUUGUCCAGUCGGGUUCAUAUGUCGAAAUUCUGAAGCAUGCCGCACCACAUCCUACCAACAACAUGCCUACAACCCAAACACCACCAAUACAGGCGUCGAAUUCAAAACGCAUAACAGCAGGUGGCAGCGCCAGCAGUAACGCUGUCAUCGGAGGCGCAGCUCUGGCUUGUCACAAUAAAAGCUAUGGCGACUUUCUAACCAUUACGCCACGUCGCAAAGGAAAGCUGCUCUCGUCCGGCUAUGGUGACAAACAUGGCGGAGCUGGUGGUGGUGCUAUCGAAGGCAGCAAUCAGGAUAAUUAUCGUCAUCACCUACCAACCAGCAUUGAGCCGCUUCAUCUUUUAGGCAUACCCAACGACAAUAUGUCCACUUUCUUUGACUAUCGCGCCAUGGAGACAUUGAGCAAUGCUGAUACGUUGGCGAUUGGCAGCAGUCUCUCUGGCCAUGCACACGGCAAGGGCAAAACAUAUGACCCCAGUAUAUCCUGUCUGAAUGCAAAUCACUAUGGUGACCCUACACAGAGCAGCAGCACAGGAAUAUCCGAUGAAUUCCAUAAUAUAAUCAGCGAAAAAAAUCUGAGUCCUCCUUCAGCCUUCAGUGACAAUAACAGCUGUCUCCCAAAGGGUAAAGUCUAAAGGCUAUAGACGGCAAUUCAAUGAAGAUCAUAUCAAAAUUUCGUUAAAAAUUGAAUAUCGCAUGAUUCUAAACGCCGAUGCGCUUACAAGUUUUAAUGUAAAGGAACUGAAGAAUUCUGCAUAUCAAGAAUCGAGAAUCGAUGUAGCGAAUAUUAGAAUUACUCUAAAAACAAUGACAAGAAAACAAAACAAACCAAAAACAAAAACCAAAAAAAAAAAACGAAAAACGUUCAAGUUGUCAAUAAACCGAAACGAAACGAAGAAGAAACUAAGACUUUACUGAAGCAUUUAAAAACAAGACAAAUAUAAAUUUGAAUUAUUACAAUACAAAAACAAAACCAAAAAAAACAAACUCAUGUAGUGCAUAAAUAGAUAUGUUUGCACUCCGAAUAUUAUUAAACGACUGGUUUGAUUUUAAGAUCACAGAAAAACGUCACAUAAAAAUGUGCUACAAAAAUAGAUGAAGCGUUGCAUAGACCGCGACAGCAACAAGUUGAACUAUUAUACACACUUAUAAAGAUAUGUAAAUGGUUAUGUUUGUAUGUACUAAACUAAUCUGUGUAAAUUAAUUACGAUAUAUUAUAAUUGUAGUAAGUGGAGCAAUAGUUAAAUUAAUUAGGUGUAAAAGUUCUAAUUCCUUCAUAGCGGCGAUCUCAAAUGGUGGGGAUGCUCGUAUUGGAAAAGUGACUGACAAAUGAAUUAAAAUUAAAAUUAUUUUUAUUUGGAACCUCAUUGCAUGAAAUUAGUAUUUAAAUAUGUAUGAUUUCAGACAUAUGCCCAUCUCUAGCUCCCCUUAGGGAGUGCAAAGUUUCAGUUAAAUUUUUUACGACUUUUUCGAGUAAAUCUGGUCUGCUUUUCCUGCUAUACUCGAUCAAAGUUGGCUUACUCCACGACAAUUUUGGUUUGCUUAUUAGCUUACGCCAAUGGCUUAACAUAUCCCAUAGAAAAUAAUUACAGCACUCGAUUCAUUCGAUUCGAUCACAUGAUCUAGCAGAACUGUUGAAACUACCAAAUGAAUGAAAUAAAAUUUCGCUUUUAACAAAUCAAUAGUUGCACGUUGCUCCAUUCGGUUCAAACCACAUUUCGUCUGGCUCAGUGUUUUCUAUGUUUUCAAGCAAAAAUUGUUCACCAUAGUUCGAAAUGUUCAUCCAUCCUCCAUUAACAGCGCGACGAAACGCUUACUAAGAUGAACAACUGUUAAGUUAGACGUAAUUUUCUAUGUGUUCUAGGAAUUGAUGGCCCACUUAUAAAGCAAAUUUUAAUAGUUCCAAACCAUUAUAGACACGUAAUUCUUUACAUGACAGUUGGCAGCUGCUUUAGGAGUGAAUGCACGGCAAUACCUCCAAAGUAGCCUUUUUCUGCCAAAUGCAUGACAUUUAUAAAGAAAGUGUUCUGAAUUUUCAGUGCCCAUUGCACAGAAAUGGCAGAUGAUGGUCUCAGAGAGACCAAUUCUGUGUAAGUGAUAUAUCAAGCUACAGUGGCCUGUAAAGUAACCAGUUUAAAGUCUUAAGUCUACUCUGCUAAGCGAAAGUAGUUCGUCGGAAAUUCCUCUGUCCGGCGUUAGGAAUUGUUUCGCUUGUCACUGAACGAUAGAAUUUCGCCAGUGUUCAACGAAUUGCUUCUCAUACCACUUUCUGAUAUAUUUGUUAAUGUAGGCUUCUCGUAAGUCCAGAGAAAGGGUCAGGACCAAUUGAGGCAUGUUUGCCCCUUUUUUAGCCAGAUUAUCAGCCCUUUCAGUUCUCUUAUAUCGUUCAUGUCUAGGAAUCCAAUGUAAUAGUACUGUGUAUAUAAUACUCGUACAUUUAGUGUACUCAGUUCCGAGUAAGCUUUAUGGGGUAUAUAUAAAGGGUGAUCAAUUUAGAGGUAUCCGAUUUUAAAUUGAAAUAAAACGUCGUAAUUUGGCCAUCCGUAAACACCAAUUUUGAGUGCCUUGCUGGAGGACUUCGGUCGGUAUCUCGUGAAUAACUUUAGUAAUGUUGGCUUUCAAUACCUCAAUCGAAGACUUUACAUACACGCACAAAAAAAGUCCAAAGGUGUGAUAUCACACCAUCUUGGUGGCCAAUCCACUAGUCUGAGUCGAAAGAUAAAUUUCUCAUUGCAGUAAAUUCAUCGUUUCGCGGGCUGUUUACAAGUAGCGCCAUCCGCUGUCUUGUUGGAACCCAAUGUUAUGAUUAUGGACUUAUAUCUCCGGUAUGAAAAAGUCGUUUAUCAUGGCGCGACAGCCUCGUCAUUGAAGAAAUAUGAUGAUUCCUCCAGCCCAUAAGCCGCACCAAACUGUUGUUUUCAAUGGAUGUAGUGGCUAUUCUUGAAAGGCUUCGGGUUGCUCUUCAGCCCAAAUUCGGCAAUUUUCCUUAUUGACUCAGCCGUUAGGCCAGAAAUGGCCAUCAUCGGUGAACAAAAUUUGGAUCUCAAAAUGCGGAUCUUCGGCUAGUUUUUCAAGAGCCCAUCGACUGAAAUUAUGACGCUUUGGAAGAUCAGGCGCCUUCAAAACUUGGACUAGCUAUAUUUUAUACGCUUUCAAACCAAGAUCUUAGCGAUAAAAGCACCCAAGUAGUGGUAUGAGAUGGGCCAAGUUGUCGGGAUCGACGUGAAAUCGAUUUUUUCGGGGUCUUCGGUAAAACAUUUGCUCAUUUACAGCCGCAAUAUUCUCUUCACUUCUGGCUAUACGUGGUCUAAUCGGUCGAGUUUUAUCCAGUGAUGUCAAUUAUUAUCAAUUUUGUCAAUGGUUUACCGAAUAGUACGUUCGGUAGGAUGGUUACAUGCACCAUAGGUUGGCGCGAUGAACUCUUUUCAUAGGGCGCCGAUUUUUGUAAUUUGUACGAUUACACUGUGCAACAAAUUCAGGUUAGCAAAAAUUAGGUCUAUUCUGAGAGUGGCGGGUGAAAAUAGAGGCGAAAUUAAAAGACCCGUAUUGCGCCGUUUUUUUAUGUUAGUUCGAAUUUUUUUUUAAUCGGCCUUCGAAGUUCGAAAUCGGAGCAAAAUUGUUUAUGUGGUUUUUUGGCUAUAACUCGUCGACUAAUUGAUAUUUUUUCAAUCUGUAAAAGCCAAAUUAUUGCUAGAGACCUGUGCAACAAUUACAAUUUUUGAAAAAAUUGAUUUCGAAAAUUUUUGUGGUACUUAUGAAACAAUAUACUGAAAAUCGGCAUUUGACUGCAAACUGCUUGCUCUCGAACGCUCCGGAGUGCCCGAGAGCCCUUUGUUAAUUGUGAAUAACUCGAAAAGUAUUUUUCGUAUGCACUUCAAAUUUUCACACAAUAUUUUUAUGACAUUGUACUUUAAGAAAAUGCAACAAAAUCAAUUGAAAAUUCUGACUACCCCUAACCCCUUAAACCCAUUGGCAGAAUACAUUUACUUUGUUUUCAUAAAAUAUCGAAAGAGUAUUCAUUCCAAAAAAGAGCACCUUUUUAGUGGCUAAUUAAACAUAUUUUUUUCAUCGAAAAUAGUAAACAUCGCGAAAUAGAUGUACGAUUGCUAGAGGCCCUGAAUGCAUAUAUAUGUAUAUAAUUGGCGCGUACACCCUUUUUGGGUGUUUGGCCGAGCUCCUCCUCCUAUUUGUGGCGUGCGUCUUGAUGUUGUUCCACAAAUAGAGGGACCUACAGUUUCAAGCCGACUCCGAACGGCAGAUAUUUCUUUAUUUAUUGCCUGCCGAGGGGCGACCUCUACUCGUAUUAGAAAAAUGUUUUUCUUAAUUUUGGUGUUUUCACCGAGAUUCGAACCAACGUUCUCUCUGUGAAUUCCGAAUGGUAGUCACGCACCAACCCAUUCGGCUACGACGGCCGCCAUGUGCAUACUUUUCAAAAAUAAAAUAAAAAAUAAAAAAUUAUGGAAAAAGUUUAAAAUUUUUAGGAAAUUUUUUAUUUGUUUUUAAGUUUUCUAUAAAAUUAGGCACUCUCAUUUAUAACGACUUUGUUAAAAUACAAAAAAAAAUGUUAACAAAUUACCAAAACAAAAACAUAAGCAAACAAAAAAAAAAUUGUACGAUUUUUAGUGACACUGACUGUAUUUUUGAUUGAUUGACUGAUUUUUUAACUUGAAAUUUUAAUUUUUUUUCAUUCAUAAGGAAUUGACUUCAAUUUCAAUCUACGCAAAUUCGUUUGUGGCUAAGAAAAUGUGAAAAAAAAACAAAAAUGUAGACAAACAAAAACACUGUAUUAGAUUAGAUGAAUAUUACAUAUGAAAUAAGCAAAACACUGUUAAUUAGUUAAAUCUACAAAUGAAGAAUUUAAUAAUAAAAAACCAAACGAAUUUUUUUUUAAUAUUGUACAUAUUUAAAGUAGUACUAAAAAACUAUUUAUAAGCACUUAAUCAUUUGCAUUUAACAAAUAAAUAUCAGCAGCAACUUAUCAAGUAUCGAAUGGUAAACUCUGUCAGACAGGUUUGGUGUACGAAGUGCAUACCUAAGUAUGUAUUUGUGUAAAUAAAAUCAAUUUUUAUCCGUUCAUUGUGUGACGUUAGUGGGUGAAUAAGGCAAAGAAGUCAAUAAAAAUGUAUUAGAAACAUUAAUGAGGCAUACAUACGUAUAUUAAAACAAAAUCUAUGCAUGUAUCCAUAUAUAAAUAUUCUGGCAAUUACACAAUUUGGCGGAAAGACAAAAUUUACAAUUACCCUCGAUAUCAAUUUCAAUGUGUCAAUUUUUUUACGAAUAUUUACAAGCCCUUAAACUAUUUAAGCAAAAGACAAAACUAGCGUGACAAAUAUUGCAAAAACAUUUAUAACUACGCACAUGAAUUGUGUUUAAAGAUAUACCUAAGUUUGAAUAAAAAUUUCCAUAAAUGUUAUAAAUUAUUCAAGAGAAAGGGAAAGAGAAGUAAAAAUUAGAAUCAGAAUAAAAUUUAAUUAAAAUUUGCUAUAAUACUCUAAAAUGUAUAAGAAGAAAAGUAAUAUAAACAAACACACACUCAGAAAUCGCAUAAGCACAAAUGAUGCGCCGUCGUCGCACAGUGGUUCGAUUAGUGCAGGCUAGCGGGAGAAAAUCUUUUGCAUGCUUUCUUGGGCUAUUUUUCUUAAGGUUGCGAAAAAUAUAAUUUUUAAAAGUUUAGAUCUUCCACAAAUGUAAGAAACUUCGAGCAAAGAACUUAAAACUACUUAGAUCGACGGGGAGAAAGAUUAUAGAAAAUAUAGAAACUAUUAGAAAAACGAAGAAGGCUUUUAAAUCUAGCUUUUGACAGGGCCUUGAAUCGAGAUAAAAUCUCUACAACUUAGAAAUAGUAGUAUUUUAAAAAAUCACGUUCCGCUCUGUUUACUGAAAAUCCAGGAGAAAACUGCAGUUCGAGUGCAUUUAACGAAGAGAUCACGAAGACUAAGAAGACUUUAUUAUCCAAGUUUUUCAAAAACCUUAAAUCAAUCCUCAAACACCAAGAAAAUAUCACUUCUGAGCUCUACUCUACUAAAUUUUCUAACAGGACAUGGUUAUACAGAGAGCCAUGUGAGAACUUUGAAACAUUUAAUGUAUGCUUAGUUUCCUGGAUGCUGCAACAAAAGGGCAAAGUGACGCUACAGUAACACUUCUGCCAAUUAUAUUCUUUCAAACAUAAAAGUCGCUGAAUUACUCAGAUAACUUACCAUACUACAAAGAAAACCAGCUAAGUACAAAAGCCAGAAGAAGCCACAGAAGAAACAGCGGCCUUCACACCUAAGACAGGGAAAGUCGACCGGAGCACUGCGAAAUACUUUGCAGCGUUUAGGACUGCUGUAGAGAAGCUGAUGGGUCUUACGCUCUUUUACGCCAGAUCAGUCUAGCAAUACGUAGAUUCGUUAAAAUAGAUCUGGUAGUAAACGAGGAUAAAAUUAAGUACCUCCUGUCAUCAAGCAAAGAGUCGGCGUAUUCGCGUAUCGGCAUCCACGUCACUGUUGGCAGUUAUGAUUUCGAGGAUGUAAGAGACUUCGUUUAUUUAUUCGCAACGGUGAGAAUCGUAGGCGAUAAAACAAUGAGCUGUAUGAGCUUUACGACGACGUGGACAUAGCACAGCGAAUAAAGAUCUAGCGCCUUCAUAGGCGGCUUGUCAUCCGAAUGGAUACUGUUCAGAAUUCGUCCAAUCUGGCACCGCCUUAAUUUAUAGCAACUUCCUAUGUACCAUAACAUAUCUACUAUGUAUAGGUAUUAUUUCUUCGUACACAUCUGUUAUUUACUUCAUGAUGUACAUACAUACAUAUGGUAUUUAUGCACAGUUAGCUUUAAACAGUUAUUUUCCUGAUAUUCUGCUUUGUACUUAAAAUGAGACGCUCAAUAAAAUUCAUUGCUUGUACAGCUUCGAAGUGAUCACACGUUUUUACAUUUUUGCUUAAACAGAUACAAAUGCUCCGAUGCGGCUACAGAGGAAGAGGAAGGCCUUCUCUGCGUUGGAAAGGUCAGGUGGAGAAGAACUAGGCUUCGCUUGGUGUUUCUAACUGACACCGGUUAGCACUAGAAAGCGGAAAAAGAAACGACUGGCAAGUUUUGUUAAACUCGCCAGAAUCGCUGAAGCGGCUAUCGCGCCAAUCAAGAAGAGGAAGAAGAUUAAUUAAAAUAACCCUUCUCGAGGUUUUAUGGGUAGUACGAGUAAAAGUUUUUCACUGUAACAAGAAGUAGUCGCCGUGUUAGUUUCUUUAGAUUUAAAAGUUUCUCUCAAAUCCAGCCAAUCUGUUACGUUCGCUCUUGGGCUGAGUCCGUUAAUUAGUGCGUGGAUCAGCAACAUAUUUAGUUUAGCAGAGAUAAUGUGAAAAUGGUGAUAUAUCCAGGAUGUAUUUUGGAAACUCGUGCUAAAAUAUUUCACUGGCAUCGUGAUGAUGCUCGCAUAUCCGACAAACUAAUUCAGUAACCCAACGUAGUGACAAAAAAUACCCAAACUGAAAUGGGAUUUCGCCCUUUAGAGUUAUUGUCGAUUACAACAUUUUCUGAGAAAGGCGGAGAAGAGAAACACUUAACGCUGUCCUUCCCUUCAAUCCGAAACAGAGAUUUAUGACUACGACUGCGGAUUACAAAUUGAGUAGACAGAGUCCUGUGUUCAUAUUUGCAAUUGUCAUGGCGGUAACGCUACUGACAUUGACGGACCUUUUCAAAUUCACUAUUAAAGUCCUAAGCCCGAAGUGUAUAAAUUCAAUACAAAAUAUCUUUGCAGCUUUUUGCCAGUCUGCUUUGAAGAUCACGAUAUAGGGGUGUUCUCUCAAAGAAUAUAAAACACGAAACACAUCUGAUACAAAAAUGAAACAUUCAGGCUUCGUUGGAUUUUAUGAAUUCACUAGUAGAAGAAAAGGCUAGCUGCACAAACAGAUGAACUUAGCUGGGCAUUUGGAAGUAAGAUGUUUACUGUAGCCUGGAGUCAUGAACGAAACGUUGAAUUUUUGGAGGUUUUCAAAUGAGAGUCCAGGAGACGAGCCGUUAUCUGGCCACCAGAUUCGUGUUCUUAUUUUAGAAACUGCGGAGACAAGUAAAAGAUGAACACCAGUGUCUACAACUUCCAGAAAUACACUUCUGAAAUUUACUAAAAAAAAAUAUUUAUUGAAAUGUUAGUCUGGUUUCGCCAAAAGAUGUGAAUGGGUUAGAAUUGGUGUUUUUUUUCUUUUUUUUUUGUCCUCUUCAAUCACACUUGGCUUUAACGAACUUAUGUAUAUAUUUUGAAAAAGUUUUACUCACAUAUAUACAAAGGUUGCUAUUUGUAUUUCUGACCUACCAAUGAGAAACUGAACUGUUGUGUUGAAAAAGUUUUCUUGGUUUUCAAAAUAUUUUUCAUGAUGAUCAAAACUCUUUUGCAUUCGCUUGCACCAAUUUUCGAAACACUUUAUUGAAUUGGGUUUUCAUGACUGUUUUUUUUUUUAAAUUGUGUGUCAUCCAACGCGAAAACACCUUUUUUAUCACAAGAUGAUCAUGCAAAUCCUUGGCGCUCGUCAUACUAAAAGCUAAGGAUUGCUUCAUUCUCGCGGUGUGUGGCACAAUCAAUUCGCGCAUUGUCAUCACCAUUCAAUGCACUACAACUCGAUGUGAGCUUAGCUUCCUCCACAAUUCUUCUCCAUGCAUUUCGGCCCAUAUUUCGGCUAAGACAAUUUGGUCACUGCUAUUCUUCUUAGAUCGUCCUCAACGUUGUCUGUCAACCCUCGCUUACGCGGCCGUCCUUUUCGCUUUUCACCAAGUAUGCGCGCAUCUAGAAUCUUUCGAGGUAUUCUUUCAUCUAGCAUUCAUUUCGCGCCUAGCAUCGAUAUUUUCUGGCACAACAACCGAUUUUUGACGACCUUGCCGGCAUUGCUCGGUGAGCGAAUAGGACCAUGAGAAAAUUCAAUGUAUCAGUGUUUGGCGGUGUUAAAGGUCUUGUUAAUCCUCGUUGGCAAUAGAAAAAAAUAAUAGCAACAAAAUGUUCGCGGUUUGAAUCCAUUUUUUUUCGAGAUGGAGGCUUAAAGCCUCGGGAAAGAACACUAAUGUGGCUAACACAUCAAAAUGCUCCGAGUACGUUUAGUGUAAAACAUGUCAAACUUUCCACUGGAACUCUCUGUUGGCACCUGACAGCGCCAGAAAUGCUCAAGGCUAGAAAUAUAAAUACAUAGUAACCCAGGGGUGUGUUUACUUUUUUCACUUUUGUAGAAAAAAAUGUUAAAUAUUUCACAAUAAAAUAUUGAAACAGGUUCGAUUGCGAUUUUUUUAAGUUGUGUAAAAGUUUUUUUUUAGUAGUAGCACAAUUGCAGAAAAAAUGAUAUUUUCCUUUUUUGAAUAUUGAAAAGAAUAGAGCGGUAAAUACAUAUAUGAUCACUUUUUUUAAAUAAGACAUUCAGUAUAAUCUGGAUUUUUAAUCUGUAUAUUCUGAGAAAGAUUUAGUUUGAAAAUUUGAAAUCCAUGACGUUUUCCUACAGUAUUGAAAACAAAUAAUGAAUUCUCCGUGUUUCACUCUGAGCUGACGGCCCAUGGACACGGCGAAAGAAAAAAAAACCAAUCAGCUGAUUUAUAGGUUCGCCACCUUUUAUAGAUUCGCCUUGCAGUCAACCCUAAUCGAAUCACUGUGGGUCUUCAAGACUUAAAUAUUUAGCCAUACCUAAAAUUUUCCAAAAUUAUAUUACAUGUACAUACACACAUACAUACAUACACGUAUAUAAAUAUAUCCAAUUCAUUUAGGCAGCUCGAAAAUGUGUAUACAAAUUUCCAAUAUGCAAAGAAUGAAACAAUUUUUACCAAGAAAUUCGAGUAGAUCUUGAAAUAUGUAUGUCGAAGAUCAAUUAUUUUAUUUGUUCACACUAUUAUAUAUAUUUUUGAAAACUAAAUCAGUAAGCAUUUCUAGCUUUUAAGUCCAAUGA